AUGCGAUUCGGGAAAAAGGGCAAACUAGCACCCAGGUACAUUGGCCCGUUUGAGAUAUUAGAAAGAGUGGGAGAGGUAGCUUACCGUAUUGCACUACCCCCACAGUUGGCCAAUGUUCAUAAUGUCUUUCAUAUCUCCAUGCUGAGGAAGUAUGAACCGGACGCCUCUCACAUUAUCAACUGGGAACAAAUAGAGCUGUGGGAUAAUGCCACCUACGUAGAAGAACCCAUACAGGUCCUCGAUCGCAGGGAUCAAAUUCUUCGAACCAAAGUUAUUCCUUUGGUCAAGGUUCUGUGGACACAUCACAACCAAGAAGAAGCAACAUGGGAGCGCGAGGAAGAAAUGAAGGAAAAACACCCCAGCCUCUUCUACAAGGACUAG